CACCAUCCAGCAGCCAUCAGCCUGCAGCAGAAAGUGAUAGUGCAAAAGAAGAAAAAGUGGUGAUCCUUCUGUUCUGUGCGUUUUUCUUCGUCUGUCGUUUGCUGGGAGGAUUCAGGAAAGAAAAAAAAGAAAGCUCCAGCUUCGCAAAGAUCGAUACGACGUUCGAUCAGUUUGUUCUCAUCACAAAAGUGCCCAUCGUUGGCAGCUGGAAGAGACAGAAGCCUCCACCAGCCAAAUCAGGUGUAAACAAAAAGGGCAGAACCAGGCGAAAAAUUAGUCAUUCUGCUGAUUCUCUGCAAUCCGUGUCUGUCGACGGUUGUAUCGCUUCCCGGGAACCGAUCCGCUAAGCAGCCUAGAAAAUGUUUGCCUUAAUCAACCGGAUCUUGGACUGGUUCAAAAGUUUGUUCUGGAAGGAGGAAAUGGAAUUGACGCUGGUCGGGCUGCAGUACUCGGGGAAAACGACCUUUGUCAACGUAAUUGCUUCCGGUCAGUUCUGCGAGGACAUGAUCCCAACGGUCGGUUUCAACAUGCGCAAGGUGACCAAGGGCAACGUAACGAUCAAGGUGUGGGACAUCGGUGGCCAGCCACGAUUCCGGUCAAUGUGGGAACGUUACUGUCGCGGGGUCAAUGCCAUUGUCUACAUGGUUGAUGCCGCUGAUUUGGACAAGAUGGAAGCUUCCAGGAACGAACUGCACUCGCUGCUUGAUAAGCCGCAACUGGCCGGCAUACCGGUGCUGGUGUUAGGAAACAAGCGGGAUAUUUCCGGUGCCCUGGACGAGACUGGAUUGAUUGAAAGAAUGAACUUAUCCAGCAUACAAGAUCGAGAAAUUUGCUGCUAUAGUAUCUCCUGCAAAGAGAAAGACAAUAUCGACAUCACCCUACAGUGGUUAAUUGCCCACUCCAAGAGCCAAAGUCGUUAAAUGGAGCAACAGUGUGAUGGUGAAUGGAGGUGAUUUUGACAGACUCGGGUCUGAGAAUUCCCCUCGGUCAGUAAUCUUUAAGUAAUACCUACAAAUAUAAAGAAACAGACAGAUAGAGUAACAAAACACUAACAGCGAGUUAAGUUCGUCGAUUUGCUCCAGAUUUUAGCUAGCAUUCGGUUCCGAAUCUCAACGGUGUCAUUCGCAAUGCAGUUCGCGCAUCGGUGAGAACAAACGAAAUGACCGAACCAUUUGAGGGAGCACCAAGUUAGCAGAAUGCAUUAGUUGAAAACGAACAUCUCUGGUGUUGUGAACGAUUGAUUCAAUAAGUUAGAAAGUGUUGUCUAGAUUUUGUUUUUAACAUUAAUAUUACGAUAAAGUCUUUUAUUAAGAAAUUACGUGAUCGACAAAAACAAACAACUGAAUUAUUCAAGGUAAAAAUCCUUGGUACAGCGCCAAACAGCAAACAGUCACUAUCCCCCUCCAAAACAGUCUCCUUGGCCCACUUCAUUGAAAGCGCAACUUUUCCUCUAAAUCACCUAUAGAUCAACAUAAAAUAUAUGAAAUUUAGAUUAAAAAUAUGCUUUGAGUAAGUUGUUGAAUGCUGCAACAUGCGUGCACGGGGUUAAACGAUGCUUUACUAACGAUUGGGCUCCAAUUCGAAAAAGUAAAAGCAACAAAAAUCGGUAUGUGUGAUAUACGAGAGAAUUGAAUUUCAAAUGGUAGUCAGAAUACCCAGUAACUAAAACAGAAAAUUUGAUGAAGUAACCAACAUUACGAUUAUAGCAACUACUGGUAUUUUCAAUGUUAAUACGCUAGCACAGAAAUCGAUGCUUAAGUUGUAUACAUGAUUUUUAGCCACUUAAUACUUAUUUCAACAAAAACUAGUUUCCAUCAGUUCUUGAUACCAGACCUUAGGUUUCACGCAGUGAUAUAUGUUGUAUAAUGAUAGGCAAUUUGAACAAAUUAAUAAUAAAACUACAGCAAAAAACAGAUGGAUUUUGAACUAAUUAUAGCAUCUUGGGCCCUACUCUCACGGUCACGUCACUUGGUGACUAGAAGGAAAUUUACUUCUAGUCACUAGGGGACGUGACUGUGAGGCACCUUAUGUGCUGGCGAAUACAUAUAGAUAGUUGCCAUUGUUGAGGUUUAAUUUCGUCCAUUUCUUCCCCCUAACUUUACAACUACGGAGAACCCAUUUCUUUUCGAUAAUCAAAAUUACUGGUCACAAUAGUUAAGUAACUUUGUAGCGGCUUAUAUAAUUUACAAGUUGGCGUCUAGCGGAUGAGAAACAAACAAAAGUAACAUCCGAUAGCGGAUAAAUCAAUAAUCUUUAUGACAGCAAAACAAAUAACUAUAGUUAGUAGAUGAAAGGAAACAAACGGAAGGGAAAAGAAACUGAAUAUGAAUAAUGAUCAAUUGAUUAAUAAAAAAAACUUGUAAUGUAUAUAACGAUAACAUAUGGAUUAUAAUAAAAUAUUAUGACUAU